GUUGGUAUAAAAGGCUCGGCACAGGAGUCCUGACAGUAUCAUACGUUGGUUGAGUUCAGCUUAGUUCAGAAGCAACCUCCAGUUAAAACCAAAAACACCCCAAUCUACAAACAUGAAGUGCAUCGUUGUUGCAGUCAUUGUUGCGCUGGCCGUUGCCGCCGAAGGAAGUGCCAUCGCGUCGUACGCCGUCCCGCUGGCCUACUCUGUUCCGCAGACCACGGUCGUUCAGCAGAACGUCGCCCCGAAGUACGUCGUGGCCGGUUACGCUGCACCGUACGUUGCCUCGCCAUAUGUGGCCGCCGCCCACAGCUAUGCCGUCCCGGCCGUGUCCUACGCUAGUACCGCUGUCCACGCCGUCCCAGCUGUGAGUUAUGCUGUGCCGCAGGCCACCGUAUACGCUGCCCAUGUCCAGCAGGAAGCCCGCUAUCUGGCCGCUACCCGUGGUGCGGUCCAUGAGGCCCCACUGCCCGGACACAGCGUCAACCAGCAGUCGCUUAACUUGGCUUCCGCUCCCGGAACUCUGUAAGUGAGUGGUCGCGGAACUGUCGGUCUGUUGCUACCUCAAUAAAAUGAGUUUCUUAAUGUAAAUUUUAAA